GCCAUCUUCAAUCUUUGGUUUCGACGCCGCCUCCUCGCCGUUGAGAAUUGAGAACUCGCAUUUUUAUUAACGCCUCGCCAUUUAUAUACCGAUCCGACUCCGACUCCGAUUCCGACCUACUCUGCUUGUUCCUUCCUCUUUCUCAGGUUUCCGCCUUGCGCCGAUAUGCAGACUCUCCGUGUACCCACGAUGGAUGGCCUCCGCCUCCAACCACCCGCCCCUCCACUGGUCGCCCCGGCCACUUUCUGCCGUCGAUGUUCCGUACGCCGACUCAGACCAGUCCGUGCCUCCGUUGCCGUGGCACCGCGCCGCGAGACGGAUCCCAAGAAGCGGGUGGUCAUCACUGGGAUGGGACUCGUCUCCGUCUUCGGGAACAACGUGGACGAAUACUACGAGAAGCUCCUCGAAGGGGUGAGCGGAAUCGGGCUUAUCGACCGGUUCGACGCCUCCAAAUUCCCUACCAGGUUCGCCGGGCAGAUCAGGGGGUUCUCAUCGGAAGGGUACAUUGACGGGAAGAAUGACCGGAGGCUUGAUGACUGCCUGAGAUAUUGCCUCGUCAGUGGCAAGAAGGCCCUUGAGAGCUCUGGCCUUGCUAUCGGCAGUGAAGCACUUGGCAAGAUUGACAAGGUACGAGCUGGGGUUCUUGUUGGCACAGGCAUGGGUGGUCUUACAGUAUUUUCAGAUGGUGUUCAAGCUCUUAUAGAGAAAGGGCAUAGGAAAAUAACUCCCUUUUUCAUUCCCUAUUCCAUAACAAACAUGGGUUCUGCCUUACUCGCAAUGGAUAUUGGUUUUAUGGGUGCAAAUUACUCAAUUUCAACUGCUUGUGCAACCUCGAAUUAUUGUUUUUAUGCGGCUGCUAACCAUAUUCGUCGAGGAGAGGCUGAUAUAAUGCUUGCGGGUGGUACUGAAGCUGCAAUUAUUCCAAUUGGUAUUGGUGGGUUCGUUGCAUGCAGAGCACUGUCUCAGAGAAAUGAUGAUCCACAAACUGCAUCAAGGCCAUGGGACAAAGAUAGAGAUGGUUUUGUUAUGGGUGAAGGUGCUGGAAUACUGGUUAUGGAGAGCCUUGAGCAUGCAAUGAAGCGGGAUGUGCCAAUUAUUGCUGAAUAUCUUGGAGGUGCUGUGAACUGUGAUGCUUAUCAUAUGACUGAUCCAAGAGCUGAUGGUUUUGGAGUUUCAUCGUGUAUAAAGAAAAGCCUUGAAGAUGCUGGUGUGGCACCAGAGGAGGUUAAUUACAUCAAUGCUCAUGCAACAUCCACCCUUGCUGGUGAUCUAGCAGAGAUAAAUGCCAUUAAUCAAGUCUUCAAGAACCCUUCUGGGAUCAAGAUCAACGCUACAAAGUCCAUGAUAGGGCAUUGCCUUGGUGCAUCUGGAGGUCUUGAGGCCAUUGCAACUGUGAAAGCCAUAACUACCGGAUGGGUGCAUCCUUCUAUAAACCAAUUUAAUCCUGAGCCAUCAGUUGAGUUUGAUACAGUUGCAAACACAAAGCAGCAGCAUGAAGUUAAUGUUGCUAUUUCUAACUCAUUUGGAUUUGGAGGACACAACUCAGUGGUGGCAUUUGCACCUUUCAAGCCAUGAUCACCUUCCAUACGAUUCCAAGUGGGCUGGCUUUUCCUAAUCGUAGAAGAGUUAAAUCAUAGAGUUCUUAUUAUGCCUGUGUGGAGAUUUUAUUUUAUUUUAUUUUAUUUUUUUGCAAAAGUAGCUCCAGUUGAAGCAUUUUCUUCAGAGCUAAUAAGUGGAGACUCUUGGCCAUCUUAUUCAUGUUCCGAAAUAAGUUAAUCUCGUUAAGCUUAAAUUGAAGGUACUUUUCUUCUUUCUGUUUUUGUUUACCUUCCAGUGAACAUAAUAGUCAAACUUCCUGAGUUCCUGAUGAA